AUGGGUUUUGUUGGCGAGCAAUUCACGUGGAGAAGACGCAGACUACGGGAACGCUUGGACAAAGCUGUAUGCAAUAGAGCUUUCCUUGGCUUGUUCCCUGCUGUUGUAGUCACAAAUGCAGCCCACACAAAAUCAGAUCACCAGCCGGUGGUGAUCGACUUGGAAGGUGCAGCAGGAAUGGACCAGCAGACUUGUUCGAGACCAAAACAGUUCAAAGCUCGCUGGUUACAGGAGGAGGAGAUGCUGCAGAGGGUCACGAAGGCUUGGGAGAGGACAUGCAUGUCUGAUUGUCUGGCACGUCGCACAACGGUGGUCCACCAGGACCUGCAUAAAUGGGAUCAGGAAGUCCUGAAAGCACCUCAGCAUCGCUUGAAGGAACUAAAGGAGGAGUUGGAAUCGUCGCGAUCGGGGCCGCUCACUGACGAGUCGACAGAUAGGUAG